CGUGAUUCCAGUCUCAAGUUGAGAUAUUAUUAUUCAAAUUGCUUCGUUUCGAUUUUUCCAUUGGUUCAUUCGCUCCUCUUGGGUCUUGAGUCUGACUUCUCUUUGACUGUUCCAUACCUUCUCUUUUCCGAUGGACUCGCCGUCGUCCACGACGCGUAUCGCGGCGAGAUCGUCGGUGAUCGACUCUUUCCGGAGCUGCGCCUUGUCCGGGAUGCGAAUAGACAAGGAAGAACUCAGGCGUCGCCUCUCCAUACCAGAGUACCUCCGACACGCCAUGCGUAACGCCGUUAAACGGAAAAAUGUCGACGAAGCCGUGACGGAGGCGCUAGUAAUCGUCGACAGACACGACGUCGUCGAGCCCGAGUUGCCGGUUGUCGUGUUCGUUAAUUCGAGAAGCGGCGGCCGGCACGGCCCGGAGUUGAAGGAAAGGUUACAGCAGUUGAUGGCCGAAGAACAGGUUUUUGACCUAUCAGAAGUGAAGCCUCACGAAUUUGUACGGUAUGGAUUAGGCUGUUUGGAGAAGUUAGCUGAUCUUGGGGAUUCAUGUGCCAAAGAGACUCGUCAAAAGAUAAGAGUUGUGGUUGCCGGAGGUGAUGGUACAGUUGGUUGGGUUCUAGGGAGUCUUGGUGAACUUAACAAACUAGGUCGGGAGCCUGUUCCUCCUGUAGCAAUCAUUCCACUUGGCACGGGAAAUGACCUGGCUAGGAGUUUUGGUUGGGGUGGUUCUUUUCCUUUUAACUGGAAAUCAGCUGUUAAAAGAACUCUCCUAAGAGCCACUUCAGGUCCAAUUUGCCGUCUAGAUAGUUGGCAUGUUGUAAUACAAAUGCCGGUGGGAGUAGUUGUGGAUCCACCCCAUUCUCUGAAACCAGCAGAUGAGUGUGCUCUCGAUGAGGGUUUGCAGAUCGAGGGGGAUUUGCCGGAGAAAGUUGUUAGCUAUGAAGGAGUGUUUUAUAAUUAUUUUAGUUUAGGAAUGGAUGCUCAAGUUGCUUAUGGCUUCCACCAUUUACGUAAUGAAAAACCUUACCUUGCACAAGGCCCAAUUACUAACAAGCUAAUCUACUCUGGCUAUACUUGCACUCAGGGUUGGUUUCUCACACCUUGCAUAAGUGAUCCAAGUUUAAGGGGACUGAAGAACAUCCUAAGGUUGCAUGUCAAGAAGGUCAAUUGCUCAGAAUGGGAGCAUAUUCCAGUUCCUACAAGUGUGAGGGCAAUAGUUGCUUUAAAUCUUCACAACUAUGCAAGUGGAAGGAACCCAUGGGGUAAUUUAAGUCCAGAGUAUCUGGAAAAGAGAGGAUUUGUUGAGGCACACGCUGAUGAUGGUCUCCUAGAAAUUUUUGGCUUGAAGCAAGGAUGGCAUGCAUCAUUUGUUAUGGUUGAGCUCAUUUCUGCCAAACACAUUGCCCAGGCUGCGGCCAUUAGAUUAGAAAUUAGGGGAGGGGAGUGGAAAGAUGCAUAUAUGCAAAUGGAUGGAGAACCAUGGAAACAGCCGAUGAACACAGACUACUCAACCUUUGUAGAAAUCAAGAGAGUGCCAUUUCAAUCUCUGAUGAUCAAUGGAGAGAAAUUAUCUGGCAUCUAAUUUUAUCAGGUUUGGAUCCCUAUCCUUGGUUUGCAAAGUUCCCUAACAGUUAAGAUCCAUGUAAAGAGCUUGAUUGUUGCCCAGAGGAAUGUAGAUGAUGUUGAAGUGACCUAGGUAUCUGGGGCUUAACUGUAUUGACUUUUAAAUCUAUUGUUAGUAGUGUUUCCUAUCUUUUUAGGCAUUCAGGAAGGAAAACAUUUUUGCUGUUUUUAUAAAUGAAUUCAUUUGACUUUAAAUAAAUUUAUGCUCGGCUUCGCUAAGCGAUUGAAAUA